AUGUCGUCCGAAGAGGGAUUUCCGACCGGCGAUGGUGAGGGUGCUCGACAGAAGUGGAACAGCGUUCUGACUCGCCCUGUCGAGAUUGUGAAAAGCUAUGUCGGUAUUCGAAGACAGGUGUCUGCAGCAGAGCUCGCAGGCCUUGUCAGAGGACUAUCGCAGAAGGGAGAACCCCUCGAUGAUAAGAAAGGCACGACCGAACUUCUCAUCAACAUUCUGACCUCCCUGCCUUCGAAAUCGAAUCUCCGAGCUGUCUUCACCAACAGGCUGAUUGAAACGCUUUGGAACAACCUCCAGCAUCCGCCCCAGAGCUAUGCCGGCAGCGACGUCAAGUACGACGUCGUCAACCCCAAGGAAACACUGCACCACAGGCGGGACACCGGUGAGCCCAUCAAUGCGAUCGAGUUCACGGCCCCAGACAGCAGUGUCAGGCUGCGAGAGCAUAUCUCACCAGCGGGCAAUGGAGAACACCAGUACCGAACGCCCGACGGGAGCUUCAACAACAUCCUCGAGCCGAACCUGGGCAAGGCAGGGUCGCAAUAUGCCAAGUCGGUCAGUCCGCUCAAGAGCCUCCACGGUGUCAAGCCCGACGCAGGCCUGCUGUUCGACCUCCUGAUGGCGCGGGAUGAGACGACCUAUCGAGAGAAUCCGGCCGGCAUCUCGUCGAUGCUCUUCUACCACGCAUCCAUCAUCAUCCACGACAUCUUCCGCACCAGCCCCGCCGACGCCAACAAGUCGGACGUCUCGUCCUAUCUCGAUCUGGCGCCGCUGUACGGGUCCUCGCUCAAAGACCAGCUGGAGAUCCGCACGAUGAAGGAGGGCAAGCUGAAGCCCGAUACCUUCCACGAGCGACGCCUGAUCGGACAGCCGCCGGGCGUCAACGUCAUGCUGGUCCUGUACAGCCGCUUCCAUAACUAUGUUGCCGAUGUCUUGCUGAAGAUCAACGAGCAUGGGCGGUUCACGUUGGUGUUUCCCGCCAAUGCAAGCGCCGAAGACAAGGCCCGCGCAGUCGCCAAGCAGGACCACGAUCUGUUCAAUACCGCUCGGCUGAUCGUUGGCGGGCUGUAUGUCAACAUCUGCUUGCAUGACUACCUCCGUGCAAUCACCAACACGCAUCACUCGAAGAGUGACUGGACGCUGGACCCGCGGGUUGAGAUCGGCGAGCGAGCUGGCAGUGGCGGCGUGCCCCGAGGCAGUGGCAACCAGGUCAGCGUCGAGUUCAAUCUGCUGUACCGCUUCCAUUCGUGCAUCUCGAAGAAGGACGAGCGCUGGAUCAACAAUUUCUUCCUCAAGCUGUUCCCCGGUCGCACGGCAGAUGAUCUGGUCAAUGUCAGCCACAUGGAGGUCGGUCAAGCCCUGCGCCGGUAUGACCAGAGCAUCCCAAAAGACCCAAGCACUCGAACCUUCGACGGACUUGAGCGCCAGCAGAACGGGAUGUUCCGAGACGAAGACCUUGUGCGGAUUCUGAAGGAGGCGAUGGAUGACCCUGCCGGGUCCUUCGGUGCUCGAAUGGUCCCCAAAGCGCUCAAGAUCGUUGAAGUGCUCGGCAUCCACCAGGCACGCAAGUGGCAGGUUGCCUCCCUGAACGAAUUCCGCGAGUUCUUCGGACUGAAGCGGUACGAGCGGUUCACCGAGAUCAACUCAAACCCUGAUAUCGCCGACCUCCUCGAGAAGCUGUACCAAGACCCGGACAUGGUGGAGCUGUACCCCGGCCUCAUGAUCGAAGACAUCAAGCCCGUCCGCAGCGCAGGGUGUGGCAUCUGCCCGACGUAUUCAGUCGGCCGCGCUGUGCUCUCCGACGCGGUCACCCUGGUCCGCUCCGAUCGCUUCAACACCCUGGAGUUCACGGCCGCCAACCUGACCAACUGGGGGUAUAACGAAGUGCACUCGGAUAACAAGACGCUGGGCGGGUCCAUGCUAUACAAGCUCAUCCAGCGCGGCGUUCCAGGCUGGUUCCCGUUCAACUCGGUGGCCGUCAUGCAGCCCAUGUACACCAAAGCCGCCAACGAGCAGAUCGCCAGGGAGAUCGGAACCCUGGCCCAGUACACCCUGGCCGACCCCAAGCCGCCGGCAAAGCCCGUCGUGGUCUUCACCAACGCAGCCAUCAAGCAAGUCCUGCGCAACCCCAAGCAGUUCGCCGUUCCUUGGCUGCAUCCCCUCAGUGCCUUGUUCCCGGGCACGAAGGAUGUCAGCUGGUUCAUGCUGGCGGGCGACGAGCCCCGGAACCACGCCCACCGCACUGCUUUCACCAAGGUGCUCGGCCAGAUCCCGAACUUGCACCGCGCGGUGCACAGGCUCGUUGAGCAGGUGGGUGCGGAGCUGCUGGAGAGAAAAACAUUCACUCUCAGGGAAGGCCUGCAUCAGAUCAAUCUGAUCCGCGACGUGGCCAUUCCGCUGAAUGCACGGCUCCUCGGCGACCUUUUCUGCUUUGAUGUGCGGUCGGACGAGAACCCAGCCGGGACUUUGAGUGCCGCUGCGCUCUAUCGCCAUUUGCUUGCCAUCCGGACCUGGGGCGUCAAUAACAAUGACCCCGGCGAGGCGUGGAACCGUCGCCGACGGGCCCAGGAGGGCGCGAAGGUGGUCGUCGACUCGACUCGAAAGUUGGUCGACGAGGUUGUUGUCGGCCGCGGGGCGGAAUUCAGUUUCACUUCCGCUUGGACCUUGAUUCAGUACUAUAUCUCGAUGGUUUUCCUUUUUCUUUUCGGCUCAUUCGCGAUUUCAUCGUCCGCUGGCAACCUUUCGCGCAGGGCCCCCAUCAGAAAAGACUCCCUGCGGUCCUGCGGCUACAGGCUCGUGGAGGGGCUUCUUGACCAAGGAACCUCUGCCGAGCAGGUUGUUGAUACUCUGUGGCUGACAGCCUUUGGCGGGAUUGGCGUCCCCGUCACUUCGUUCUACGAAGUCCUGCAAUUUUUCCUGCGUCCCGAGAAUGCCCCCAUCUGGACGGAAGUGCAGAGCCUGGCUCGAAGAGGCGAAGACAGCACACUUCAGAGCUAUGUGCUCGAGGCUCAGCGGCUGACGAGCUCCCAGCGCAAUGUCCGCAUUGCGACGCAGCGGACAGAGCUCGAAGGCAAGGUGAUACAACCGGGCAGCCCGGUUGUCAUGAUGCUUGGCGAGGCUGGACGCAACGGAGCAGAGGUCCCGAAUCCCAAUAAGUUCGACCCAAAGCGCCAGGCGAAUGGUGUGAGUGCAUUCAGCUACGGCCAGCACGAGUGCGUAGCCAAGGGUGUCGCGCUCGCCUUCAUGACAGGGCUCGUGAAGCUCGCAGCUGGCCUGAAGCAGUUGCGUCCGGCAGCCGGCGAGCUGGGCCAGGUCAAGACGAUCCACAUUGGAACCGAGAAGGCAUAUCUCGAUGAGAGUUGGUCGCACUUGGGUUUCGAAGUCAGCACGUGGAAGCUGCAGUUCGACGGCCGGGAGAAGUAA